CAAGAUAUAAAAAAUCAUACAAACCCAUACAUUCGUCACCCAAAACCCACAUCCCUCACAAUGUCCCAACGAACCCCCGACAUGACCCUCGCCAGCACCUUCACCCGCACCUCCCACGCCCACCCCACUCCAACAACAAACUCCCCCCCAGGACUCAUAAUCCUCAUAAUCGGCGCCUCCCACAGCAUCAGCGCCGUCAUAGUCAAAGCGUACGUCCUCGCCGGCGCCAGCACCCUAAUCCUCGCGGCACGCCCCUCAUCCGCUACAGAAUUAUCUUCCGUAUCCCAGCGAAUCCUCUCUUCAUGCACCAAAUCCUCAACCCCGGCACCAACCAUCCACCUCGAACAAGUCGACAUCAGCAGUUCAUCCAGCGUCUCCUCACUCGCCCAACGCAUCUCGAGCAAACUACCCAACCUAGACAUUGUAAUCUUGAACUCGGGCCUCACCGGCCCCCUAGUCUUGCACGUCGACAAGGGCGAUCCCCAGGACUUUAGCAAUGUACUCGAUGCCAUUGUAAAGGGGACGUAUCAUGUUGCUCAGUAUUUUAUUCCCCUCCUCAAGGCUAAUGAGGGGGGUAAGAAGAUGUUUAUAGCGGUGGGAUUGAUAGCCGCAUGUAUAACAGAGGGCCCUUUUGCGAGUACGGCGUAUUGUCUUGCCAAGCUUGCGCAGGCGAGGUUGGUGGAGUUUUUGGCGGAGCAGUAUAAAGGCGAGGGUGUGUUGGCGGUUGCGGUGCAUCCUGGGGCGGUGAAUACGAAGAUGGCGAGUGUGGCUACGCCGGAGAGUCUUCGGGCUUUUCUUUCGGAUGAUGUCGAAUUAUGCGGUGCAUUUUGUGUCUGGCUAAGUCGUGAGAAGCGCAUGUAG